AGGCUAAAAUGGGAGUGGGAGCGCCGUCUCGUGGUGGGUAGCCAGGGCUCUUCCAGAGCUGGAUUUAUGGCACGCAGCUGUUGAGUGGCUGACAAACGUGUUAGGGGCUCAAGCACUGCUGCUUCUCAAGCUGCUCGAGCUCUGCUUACUGUUGCGUAGGAAAGAGGACUGCUGUUUCUGAACACACAACGAAGAUGGUGCGGGAGCAGUACAUCACCACCACCCAGGGUAGCAGCUCGCCCAGGCCGGUGCCCGACCACAUCUACAAGAUUGGCAUCUAUGGCUGGAGGAAGCGCUGCCUCUACCUGUUUGUCCUGCUGCUUAUCAUCAUCCUGGUGGUCAACUUCGCCCUCACCAUCUGGAUCCUCAGGGUGAUGUGGUUCAACACGGAAGGGAUGGGACUCCUUCAAGUGAACUCAGAUGGGGUCAUGUUGAAGGAGGGCGAAUCGGAGUUUCUAUUCCCAGUCUACGCUCAGGAGAUCCACUCUAGAGAAGACUCAUCACUUCUAGUGCAGUCAUCGGAAAAUGUUUCCCUUAAUGCCCGUAAUGAAAAUGGAGAUGUCACAGGGAGGAUAUCCGUGGGCCCAAAAGAGGCUCAGGGACAUGCUCGAAAUCUGCUCAUUAACUCCCACAAUGACAACAUGCUGUUCACUGCUGAUGGCAACCAGGCAGUAAUUGGACCAGACAAACUACGAGUCACAGGUCCUGAAGGAGCACUCUUCCAGCAUUCAGUAGAAGUGCCCCUGUUGAAAUCUGAACUUUUGAAAGACCUGAGGUUGGAGUCUCCUACUCGUUCUCUUACUAUGGACGCACCAAAAGGAGUUCAUCUCAAAGCGCUGGCGGGCAACAUUGAAGCUGCUUCCAACAUGGAUGUUAUUCUGCAGUCUAGUAUAGGCCUGCUGGUGCUGGAUGCUGAGACUGUGCGCAUGCCAAGUCUGCCCCUGAGUGAAGGAGGGGUUUCUGGAAAUACUCAGGGUCUCUACGAGGUCUGCGUCUGUCCCAGCGGCAAGCUCUUCCUGUCCAAGGCUGGGGUUACCUCCACUUGCAGCGAAAACCAGGAAUGCUAGAAAGACAGGCAAGGUAAUCGUUUUUCCAUCGGUCAGUAGAUGCAUCUUCUGGGAGGCAAAAAGCACAACUGUUUACAUCUGGUCUGAUCCCACUGGCACAUUGAGGCCUGUACAGAUUUAAAUGCCUGCUGGUGUACAUGUUGGAUAUGUCAUGAAAUGCAUCCUUUUAGUUGCAUCGUGACUUAACCAUUCAGCUGAAACUAAUUGGCACUCAAUUCCAAAUGUAUCUGCAUCAGAGCUUUGUGGAGGAUUUUUUUUUCACAAACAGUAUCAUGGCUGGGCAAUGAGGAGCUGGUAACAGCUUACAUUCUAUGCAAUAUUAUCUUGUGGUGCAAUAAUUAAAUUGACACAUAUCAAGGGCAUAGAAUAAUCUUAAAUAAAUCUCUCAUGAGGACAGAAUGUCAUGAAAAUUAUUUUGGUUUAAGUAUGCCCUUUUGGCUCCAAGCCCUUGGUAUGUAGUUUU